AUGGCUUUGGUGAGCCAUUUUUGUCAUGGCUCAGCUCAUACCUUAGUGAUUGAUAUCAAUGGCCGGGUACUGCGUCAUUCUCAUAUUCUGUGCUUCGCUGAUGAUAUUAAACUAUUCCUACGUAUUGGUUCUAUUGAUGAUUGUCUUAAUCUCCAAAGUGAUCUGGAUAGCUUUGUCAACUGCUUUACAAAUAUUGGCUUAUUCUUAAAUGUAUCUAAAUGCUCUGAAAUUUUACAUGUUAAUGAAUCUGUUAUUGAUCUUAGAUUCAAGCUUACCCGCUCAAUUGAUCCACGCCCACAUAUUGACAUGGUAUGUUGUAAGGCCUUGAAAACUCUUGGAUUUAUCAACAGGCUGGCUAGGGAUUUUAAAUUAUACUCGUCAUUUAAACUACUAUAUUGUACUUUAGUACGACCUAUAUUAGAAUAUGGCGUGGUUGUUUGGAGUCCUUAUACUGCUAAUGACUCUCUCCAACUUGAAAGAGUUCAGCGCCGAUUCCUUCAUUCUGCUGGUUUCUUAUUAGGCAUUGAACACCUUCCGCAUGACUAUUCAGCUGUUGCUGCUAAAUUAGGUCUCGUCUCUCUAGCUGAACGCAGGCGAAUGCUUUGCGUAAAGUUUCUAAAGGGACUGUUGUCUGGUCAAGUUGAUUCAACUGAUUUAUUAUCCUUACUGAAUUUCAAGGUCCCUCCCUGUCAAAACCGUUCUAGUGUUGCUUUUCAUGUCCCUAUAUGUCCAAGCAAUUAUAUGAAAAAUGAGCCUAUUAGGUGUUUAAUGUUGAUGGCCAAUGAGGGUCCCUCUAUAGAUCUUUAA